CACCAAACACCAUCACCACCGCGUCUGUUCCCUCAGACGACGGCAUACUCUUGACUGCUACGACUCCUGAUCUCGAUCCCCCCCUCCUCCCAACAUGGCCUCAAUGAAAAUCACCUCCGCUUUGGCGGCGAUCGAAUCGUCCUCCAACCCACAAAACAAGCUCCAACAGUACAACAGCGUCCUCAGCGACAUCGUCUCGACCUCCUCCGAACACGAACUCGCCCAGGACCUCAUCUACUACCUCGACUCGAUCUUAAAUGAAGACCUCAGCAUCGUGGCUGCCCGCCCCCUCCUCGACUCAUUCAUCACCGUCCUCCGCAAGCUGACCCCCGAGACCCAAAUCAAAGUGGGCCAGCACGCCAUCACACUGCUGCAGUCCCGCUCGGCAUCCGUUGAAGAACAGGACGCUCAGAUCCGCGAGCUACUCGCAGACGCCUACGAGUCGCAGGAGGAUUACAACGCCGCAGCAAAAACACUGCAGGGGAUUCACAUCGACAGUUCGCAGCGUCUGGUCUCCGACUCGGCCAAGGUGCAGUUAUGGAUUCGUAUUGUCCGAUUGUACUUGGAGGAGGAUGACACAACCAGCGCAGAGGCGUUUUUGAACCGCAUCAAAAACCUUCCUAGUAAGAUCGAGGACCACGAGCUCAAGUUACAUUUCAAACUCUCCCAGGCCCGCAUUCUCGACGCCCGUCGUCGGUUCCUGGAUGCCAGCCAGGAAUACUUCAACGUCAGUCUUGCCGUCGGUGUGGAUGAGAGUGAUCGUCUCCAAGCUCUCGCUGCCGCUAUCCGAUGCGCCGUUCUGGCCCCCGCCGGUCCUCAACGUUCCCGUACCCUGGCGGGCCUGUACAAAGACGACCGUGCCCCUUCAGUUGAGGAGUUUGGUAUUCUGGAGAAGAUGUUCCUGGACCGACUAUUGACCCCGGAGGAGGUAGCCGCAUUUUCACAGCGACUAGCACCACACCAGCUUGCUCAGACCGCGGACGGAACUACAGUGCUGGAUAAGGCCGUUGUUGAACAUAACCUAGUAGCCGCCAGCAAGCUAUACGAGAACAUCACCACGGACGCCCUAGGCGGUAUUCUGGGCCUGACAGCAAGUGGAGACAUGACAGCGGGGGAGAAAGCAGAAGCCUACGCAGCGCGGAUGGUCGAGCAGGACCGACUCAAGGGUCGUAUUGACCAGAUUGACGGGGUGAUUUUCUUCGAUUCAAGCUCUGCCGCGGCCGGGAGACAUAUUCGACAGUGGGAUGCGGGGGUUCAGGGGCUGGCAGAAGAUGUGGAACGGGUGGCGGCUAGUAUAUCUGAUGAUUUUCCGGAAUUUGCUGCCGCGCAAAUGGUACACUAA